ACUAUCGCUUCGCUUAUCGCUCGUUAUACGGACGCUUCGCAGUAAGCUCCUGCGUCUCCGCGUGAACGUGUCGCGGCAGCUGCAAAGUUUCGGAUUCGACGGAACUUCAAACUCGGUCUCAACUGACUUCUAGCUUAUUUGGACCACCGAGUACACCUUUUGGAUUCGAGCCACGUCAUCGAAGAGAGACCCGAGGCCGGGCUCGACGGUGGCACAUCCAAGAUGAGGUCCUUCUGCGUCUCCGGAUUCUCCGACGCCCUGGACUGGAGGCCCAUCCUCUUCCAGGAGUCCGCCAUCACCAACUGCGCAUGCGCACUGUGUGGACUCGUGUCCCUCAAAGCCAUCAGGCUGUCCUGUGACCACACGCUCUGCCCCGAGUGCCACGAGGAGUGUUCUCGGCAAGGGAGCACCUGUCCCAUCGAUGAGGAAUGCUUCGGCGACGAUGACUGCUACCGAAUUGACCUUUCAGUGGGCUUCCUCGCAAAACGCCGAGCUCACCAGCCACCGCCUACCACAGGCUCACCAACCACCGCCUACCCCAGGCCACUUCGAACCCGACUCGGCUCACCAGCCACCGCCUACCACAGGCUCACCAACCACCGCCUACCCCAGGCCACUUCGAACCCGACUCGGCUCACCAGCCACCGCCUACCACAGGCUCACCAACCACCGCCUACCCCAGGCCACUUCGAACCCGACUCGGCUCACCAGCCACCGCCUACCACAGGCUCACCAACCACCGCCUACCCCAGGCCACUUCGAACCCGACUCGGCUCACCAGCCACCGCCUACCACAGGCUCACCAACCACCGCCUACCCCAGGCCACUUCGAACCCGACUCGGCUCACCAGCCACCGCCUACCACAGGCUCACCAACCACCGCCUACCCCAGGCCACUUCGAACCCGACUCGGUACGUUAUUCUUCAUUUUGUAAGCUACCUCUUUUGUUCAUUACCUUCCAUUAUUACGCAGGCUCACCAGCCACCGCCUACCACAGGCUCACCAACCACCGCCUACCCCAGGCCACUUCGAACCCGACUCGGUACGUUAUUCUUCAUUUUGUAAGCUACCUCUUUUGUUCAUUACCUUCCAUUAUUACGCAGGCUCACCAGCCACCGCCUACCACAGCUGCCAAAUUAGAAAAACUACCAGCACCGUCGCAGCUCUUCUCAGUGUCGACCCAUCUCUGCUCACCAGAAAGACCACAUCGCACUAUGUCGGCAACUAUUCUCAAAAAGGUCCAGGUCACCAGGAACUGGUGCCGCGCCUUUCCGGCCAGGGCCAGUUCUCUCGGCGACCUCUUUAAGGGGUAUAUUAAUUUCAAAAUUCAGUUGGGCAUAACUAUAAUUCAGAAAGUAUUUGAGUAUUUUAUUGAUUCGAAAAAUACUAUUGCACAUGUUGAAAAUUCACGAUUUAAGACGGUCGUCGCUGUCUUCUCAGCAUGCGGCGACCCAAUUGAUCGUCGAAUUAUAGAAAUUAUUAACUUUUUCAAUUCGCUUCAUUUUCUAAACGUAUUUGAGAUCGCUCUAACAAAAAAUUAUUUGAUAUUAUUUUUGAGACUAGUGCCGUCUAAGAAGAUGGAUUCGAGCGGACUGUCCCGUGUGAUCGGCUUCGCUGACGAAGUCAUAUCAGACUACGUGGGCGAAGACGAAAAUGCAUGGGACGAGUCCCUCGACAUCGCGGCCCCUCCACCUCCAUCGGAUACCGCGAUGUUCCACGGCAUCUUCGAGGUGCAAGAUUUGGACUAUCUGAUGACAGAGAUGGGGAGUCACCUGGACCGGACCACUUCGUGAUCCGACCUGCGACGAGUCAUCGUUCGAAAUUGCAACAGAGCGAAAUAUUAUAUUGACGAAGAAAACAACGGAAUUCAUUAUUAAAUUCGGAAUAAAGCAUGAUCGUAUGACAAGAAACUUGUGUUUUUAUUCUGCCACGCCCCGUGGUGUGUACAUACACAUCUGUUUAACGCGAUAAUACAAAGCAAAAUAUUGGGGGUAGUAUGGGAAAAAAAA